UGUAGAUCACCCUCAGUCUUCCACUAACCUGGGAAAUCUUCCCUGGGAAAUUUCGUCCCUCUUUAUCUAGGGGCUGCAGCAAAUCCGAUACACACACAUGGUUCCGGAAAGACCGCCAGACUGAUCAUGCCUGAUCCCGAAGACAGGUUCCAGGACGCGCAACUUACCGACACCGAAGCACAGUCGACCCCCAGUAACAAACGGCGCAAACGGGCUGUGAGGGCAUGCGACGAAUGUCGCUUCCGCAAAGUCAAAUGUGACGGUCUCACUCCUUGUGAGCCGUGUCGACAGAGCGAGAGACUGUGUACAUAUACCUCGACUAUUUCGCGAAAUACCGAUCCCCGUCUCCGGGCUAGGAUCCUCGAGGAUCGUUUGCGCAUUGUUCGCGCAAAGUUGGAACAGAUCAAACUUGGGAAGUUGUCCAUCGAAGAUGCCGACCUCGAUGCGGUGCUCAACACUCGCGAUGGGGGCCUUCUGGCUUCCGACGAUCAUCCCACAGAGGAAGCAUCGCCCCCUGACGAACAGAGCAAAGGCCCCAAGCUGGACAGUAUGAUGAGUCGGUACGGCCGUCUCGAAUCCGAUGACCCAUGGGCAGCGCCGUUUUAUGGCGCUCCCUCGGGGGCUGCAUUUCUGCACCGACUGCAUGAGUUCUUUGGCAACGAGAAUGGCUCCCCAACGAGGUCAAACAACUCGUCCCCCUCUGCCAUCUCUCUGCUCUUCGAUGCUCCUCUUCCUACCGACGGGUCUCUCGACAUUGCGCCGCCGAUUGCCCCUUUGCUGCCGCAUCGUCCGACUGCCGUGGCUCUGGUAUCUGUGGUUCUUGCACACGCAUAUCCCAUAUUCUUGUUUUUGCACGAGCCGACAUUCCACGAGAUGGUGGACCGGAUCUACACCAAGGACCCUGUCCAGUACGACCGCGACGACCGUGCUUUCCUUCCCUUGUUCUUGCUCGUCAUGGGCCUUGGCUACCUGUUCAGUCAGUCAGAACAUCAGAAAUAUGGGUGUCGACAGGCCGUUAGCCAAGCGAUGAGACAUUAUCUAGCGGCUCGCAAGAUGGUUGACAUCACAACCUGUCGAGACCUUCGCUCGUUGCAAAUCCUGCUGUGUUAUACUCUUUUCCUCAUUUCCACAGCAAGAAUGGCAUCCGCGCAUGCCUUCCUGAGCUUGGCCUGCUCAUCCGCGUUGAGAUUGGGUCUCCAUCAUAGAUCAACUCACGAUGCUACAAUCACUCGCCGAGACCGCGACACGAGGAGAAAAAUCUUUUGGACCAUCAUCAAGCUGGACAUGUAUCUCAGUGCCGUUCUAGGUCUCCCAGCAAUGAUUGACCUACAAGAUGUUGAUCCCGCCAUCGACUUGACAUUGAACGAAGCCAUUCACGAGGCUACGUCAGGGCUCCCAAGUCGUGAGGCCGUCCUUCUCGGCGGCUCGGCUAAACACUUGGAGAUUAUGCGUAUCAUCUCAAAAGCCAUCAAAACAUUAUAUCCCAUGCCAUCCACGACGAUCGAGACUCCUGGCAAAAGCGGGAAUAUUUCGAUAAGUCUUCGAAGCUUGGAAGAAAUCGAGGCCCAAUUUCGCACUUGGGGAGACAGCACUUCAGAGCUCUUGGCCAAGGGAGAUGAUGGUUCACCGGACUUCAUACGGCUUAAGUUCGAGUUGGAGAUGACAUCUUUCUUCGGCAAGAUUGUGCUUUACCGUCCUUUUCUACAUUAUCUAGCUAAGUCUUCCGAUGGCCUACCGACAGCCCAAAAGGCCUCGCAGCGCGCGCUUUUGUGCAUCAGGAUUGCCUCGACGGCGAUCACUCGAUCUGAGACUAUACAGCAGCUCGGUUUAUUACCUCCAGCAUCCUGGACUACCAUAUACACAAUCUUCCUCUCUGUAGCCUGUCUGAUUUUCCUCAUUGCAACCAGAGACGGCCCCAAAAAUCCCAUCGAGGCAUGGCGGAAGGCAGAAAGUGGCAUACGCUUGCUGGCAUCAACGACGUGCCACGAGACAGGCUCAAAGCAGUGCCUGGGAAUUUUGAAGGAACUUGUCCGCUGUCUGUCACACAAUGUGGAUUUUGAUGUAUCCGCCAUAGAGGCAUCUACCAGGCGGGUAUGCUCAUCCAACAGUCCGAUGGACCAGUUUGGAGUUCGUGGAGACGUGACUGGAAUGCACCCUCCCUUGCAGAAUGUAGCUGCGUUCUCCCACUCGGCUGCACCGCACAGAGUUGAGAACCAAAACUUUGGUGUGCCCGGGCAAUGGCAAAUGACAGAGUCGCACAUGCGCCUCCAAGGCCAACCAAUGCCCAAUAAUAUGCAGCGGGAUGACUACCAAUAUGACCCGACGCUUGCGCAGACCGCCCUUAGCUUCCCUGGCAUGGAAAGUUCUGCAUGGGAGGCCAAUAUACAGGACGCCACACAGGCAACAACUGCUGCAGAGACACUCGGUGAUGAAUUGGUCGAUGUCCCUACGUUGCAGAAUUUCAGCUGGCCUCAGGAAGGCAUAACGGAGAAUUAUUUCAGUGACAUUCUUCCAUCCAUCGACAUCACGCAGCAGGAGCAGCAGUAGUUUUAUGUUCUAUUCGAAUCUUUUUCUACGAUGAGAUGAUCAUCUAUUCGGCUCGUUGUUACCCGGGGGGUGAUGACACGCGACGGGAAACUUUGUACGGGGCAUGGUACCUGAGCGGAUGCAAUUACAAUUUCAAAAGCUGGGCGAUAUCAAAGCAGUUUCCAAUUUAUUUGCGUUUAGCGACGGAUGGCAAAAGUUGUCUCAAUAGCGGCGGUGGGAAUGUUCGUGAUAGGUGGUGGGCUGGUUUGCUAUCGAUGAUGUUUCUUGCAUAUUUCGAAAUUCUGCAUUAUUCUCAACUUCAAACAAGAAAGAAAAGAAAGAAACCCCAAGCGUGGGAGAUGUGCGACAUUUGCCUGUAGAUCAUUUUGAGAAGGAUGGAGGUUAAGAUAACCCAACUACGAGUCUAGCAUGUGUGUUGAUGCAUAUACUCUGAUGUAUUCGUGACUGGAGCAAGAGGAGUAUUAG